ACAGCACUCUUUAGCUUCUGUUUAAGACACUUAGUCUGAACAUCUAAAGUCGAAAACAUGGUUGUGUGGACAGACUUCGAGAAGGCCACCAUUCAAGAUAUCUUCGCCAAGGCUGACUACGAUGUCAUUGGUCCUCAGGCUCUGGCAAGGUGUCUCAUCGUGUACCCCUGGACCCAGCGGUACUUCGCCAAGUUUGGAAACCUCUACAAUGCCGCUGCCAUCCUGGGAAACCCAAUGGUUGCUGCCCACGGUAAAACUGUGCUCAAAGGUCUGGAGCUGGCAGUGAAGAACAUGGACAACAUCAAGGCCACCUAUGCUGAUUUGAGUGUGCUGCACUCCGAGAAGCUCCACGUAGAUCCCGACAACUUCAGGGUAAGCUGACAUAGAUUACAGAUGUUUUUAAGAAAGUCUUUAGGUAUCCAUGCUGUGUGUCGAUAUAACCCUACUCUUGUGUCCUCUCACAGCUUUUGGCUGAUUGCUUGACCAUCGUUGUUGCUGCUCAGAUGGGUGCUGGAUUCACACCUGAAGUUCAGGCCGCUUUCCAGAAAUUCAUCGCUGUCGCUGUGUCCGCUCUGGGAAGACAGUACCACUAAAUACAAACACAGAGAGAUUAUAAUGUUUCCACUAAAGAAUGUGCUAUUCUGAGUUGAAGCAAAUAAAUAUUUCACUGUUCAUUUUAUCCUGUGUCAUCCUCUGUUUCUUGAUUUAACAACAAAUUUCAAGCCUUGGUAGGAAAUGUUGUAAACAGAUCAUUAUUUGACAUAAUAGGUAUUAACUUUGUGCCAAUCCUAAACUCAUUACCUGUUUUUGAUCAUUUGUGAGUUUUACAUGCUGAAUCUGUUUGAUUUACAUGCAUACCCUAUAAAAUGUUCAUACAAUAAAGUAAUUUGAAAUACAAAAAAAA